AUGGACCAGCCCAGCGGAAGGAGUUUCAUGCAAGUUCUUUGUGAGAAAUACAGCCCUGAGAACUUUCCGUACCGUCGUGGACCUGGUAUGGGGGUGCAUGUCCCAGCAACUCCGCAGGGUUCACCUAUGAAAGAUCGCCUCAACCUUCCAAGCGUUCUAGUACUGAACAGCUGUGGCAUAACCUGUGCAGGGGAUGAGAAUGAAAUCGCCGCCUUCUGUGCUCAUGUGUCUGAGCUAGAUCUUUCUGACAAUAAACUGGAAGACUGGCAUGAGGUCAGUAAAAUUGUGUCCAACGUUCCCCACUUGGAGUUUCUAAACUUGAGUUCCAACCCUCUCAGUUUGUCCGUUUUAGAGAGAAGGUGUGCUGGGUCUUUCGCUGGUGUUCGCAAACUUGUGCUCAACAACAGCAAAGCUUCCUGGGAAACAGUCCACACAAUCCUGCAGGAAUUACCAGACUUGGAGGAGCUCUUCCUGUGCCUUAACGACUAUGAAACAGUGUCUUGUUCUCCGGUGUGCUGUCCGUCUCUCAAAUUGCUCCACAUAACUGACAAUAAUCUUCAAGACUGGACUGAAAUUCGAAAAUUGGGAAUUAUGUUUCCAUCACUGGACACGCUUAUUCUGGCUAACAACAACAUCACGACCAUUGAAGAGUCGGAAGAUUCUCUAGCAAGGCUGUUCCCCCACCUGCGAUCCAUCAAUUUGCACAAGUCAGGUCUACAUUGCUGGGAAGACAUUGACAAGUUAAACUCCUUUCCAAAGCUCGAGGAAGUGAAGUUGCUAGGAAUCCCUUUGCUGCAGUCCUACACCACCGAGGAGCGCAGGAAGCUGCUAAUAGCCAGGUUGCCAUCUAUCGUCAAGCUCAACGGAAGCAUCGUUGCCGAUGGUGAGCGAGAGGACUCGGAGAGAUUCUUCAUCCGAUAUUACAUGGAGUUCCCGGAGGAGGAAGUGCCAUUCAGAUAUCAUGAGCUGGUCACGAAAUACGGGAAGCUGGAGCCCUUGGCAGUCGUGGAUCUUCGGCCACAGAGCAGCGUGAAGGUGGAGGUUCACUUCCAGGAUAAAGUGGAAGAGAUGUCGAUCCGUCUCGAUCAGACUGUGGCAGAAUUGAAGAAGCACCUAAAAACUGUAGUGCAGUUGUCCACAAGCAACAUGCUGCUCUUCCACUUGGACCAGGAAGCUCCCUUUGGUCCUGAGGAGAUGAAAUACAGCUCGCGAGCGCUGCAUUCUUACGGCAUUCGGGAUGGAGAUAAAAUUUAUGUGGAGCCCAGAAUGAAAUAA